AUGGCUCGUCGCUCAAAUUUGGCGCUGACCGUCGUCCUGGCGCUCGUUGUCCUUUUCAGCAUCUCGUACCUCUUCUCUUCCUCGCCCAGCAGCGGCUAUGCGGGCUACAACCGCGACCCUGACUAUGUACCUUCGCAGGUGCAGGCUGAGACUCUAAAGGCUGAGCCUUUGAUGUCUGAGCCUCUGGAAUCUGAGCCUUUGAAGUCUGCACCUGAGGCUGUUGACCAGCCAAGUUUCGCGGUGGACAUGGAGGCCCUGCCAGCAGGCAUCUUAGAAGGAGAGAGCAUCGCGCCCAAGCUGGAGAACGCGACGCUCAAAGCCGAGCUUGGCCGCGCCACGUGGAAAUUCCUCCACACCAUGGCCGCACGCUUCCCAGAGAACCCGACCGCCUCCGACCGCACCGCUCUCGAGACCUUUAUCCAUCUCUUCGGUCGACUCUAUCCCUGUGGCGACUGCGCGCGACACUUCCGCCAGCUCCUCGCUGAAUACCCCCCUCAGACGAGCAGUAGGAACGCUGCCGCAGGGUGGAUGUGCUUUGCGCACAACCUUGUGAAUGAGCGAUUGGACAAGGAGAUUUUCGACUGCAACAAUAUUGGCGACUUUUAUGACUGCGGCUGUGGCGAAGAAGGCAAGGAAGGCGCAAAGGUCGAGGAGGGGCAGACACCUGAGGAUACCCAGGAUGAUAGCAUGGCAAUUACCUUCAAGGAUGGUGUAAUUCUAGGCGCCGAUUCCCGCACAACCACAGGACCCGUCAUCGCCAACCGCGUGACAGACAAGCUCACAAUGAUCGACGACAACAUCUGGUGCUGCCGCUCAGGAUCAGCCGCCGACACGCAAGCUGUGGCAGACAUUGUGAAGCGCCACCUCGAUCAGCAUGCGGUGCACCACGGCGAGCGAGCCACAACCGGACAGGCAGCGAGUAUUUUGGCGGAGAUCUGCUAUGCAAACAAGGACAUGCUCUCGGCGGGACUUCUUGUCGCCGGCUGGCACCCACGAUACGGCGGCGAGGUCUACCAGGUACCCCUCGGCGGGUCAUUGCACAAGGAGCCAUGGGCGAUUAGCGGCUCGGGUUCGACCUACAUCCGGGCGCUUUGCUACAGGAACUGGAGAGAGAACAUGGAGGAGAAGGAGGCCAUCCAGUACGUGAAGGAGAGCGUGCGGGAGGCGAUCAGGAAUGACGGCAGCUCCGGUGGCGUCAUCCGUCUGGCGGUGUUGACGGCGCGAGGUGUCGAGCGAUGGUUGUUCACGCCGGACGACGACUACAGCAAGCCGACGGAUGACAAGCCCCAGAAGAUGUAA